AGGUGGUGCAUUGUUGAUCAGUACGAUUGGUCUAAAGAUGAUCCGUAGCUCUUUCUCAGACAGUUCAAAACAAUCAAUAUUUGUCAUCUGGACAGUCUUGUUCUUUGAAUUCGACUACAAGAAGUACUCUGAAGGAUUUCCUAUUGAUUAUUUCAUCAUGUCUAUAUUUCUAACAAAGGUUUGUUGCCAACCACUGAUCUCAAACUAGUACUGGAUACAAUACUAUGUUGAAUAAGCCAAUUCGGAGUUUCUAUUGCGCAUCUAAAUGAUGCUGGACUGGAAAGUAUCCCGGAAUUAAUUUCCUCAACCUCCAGCUGUGCCAACAUUAGUGAUUUUGAUUAAAAUUACUGAAUAAAGUGAAUUGGUUACGGCAUAUCCGUGCCAUUUUCAAAGAUUUUUCCCAGUUCUAGGUCCUUGAAUUUACUGAAAAAGGACCUUGAAAGUCCUGGAAAAGUACUUGAAUUUCACCUUCACCAAAGGGUGGACACCCUGAGUAAACAUAAUGACAAUAUAAAUUCCGUCUCUUUAGGUGUACGAGCUGAUGCUGAAGUUGAGAUUCGUGUUCAGUUAUAUUGCUCCUUGGCAAAUUCCCUGGGGAUCAGCUUUCCACGCUUUUGCUCAACCAUUUAGUAUUCCACGUAUCCUUUUAAUGAUUUUCAUAAAGAGAUGGAUAGCGCAGUGUUUGUAAUGCAUGUCCAUCUCUGUGCCCAGGGUUUGAUUCAUGAAGUUGUCUGAUUAUAAUUGCACUUCAUGCGAGGAGAGUAUACUUACACUUUGACUCAUCGCAGCUUUUGCUACGCGGUUUACUUGUCUCCUGUAGUACUGUGAAACUGAUCCAAUAAAGAAUGGCUCGUACUGCAAAUCUGAGGAGAACAACUUACCAAGCUGAGCUUAGAUACAAGUGUUUGAACUAAACAGUAUAUAGUUUAAAGUUUGUUCCUGUACAGUGAUAACAGACGUGGUGGAGCUAUCCAGCAUAUAUAAUGUUUAGUUUAGUUUUAAUUAGAUUAACCGUUAUACCAGGGUGUUCAAAUAAAAACACAACAGCUAUGAUUUAUACAACUUUUCCUUCAUUAACAUCUGUUAGAUUCCACUAUGAUGUUUUUCCAAUCUAUUUUAUCGUCUUUGAUAUCUGCGCCGCUCAACCCAUUUCUGGGAAGUGCUAUAUUUAUUUGUUCUUACGUCAGACCUGUGAAAUUCUGGGAGAAAAAUUACAAGUAAGAAAGCUAGUUGCCCAUGUCUCUGAAUAUUUGAAUACAUAUGAAAAUAGUUCGUAUCGUGUACCACAUUUUGAUGGCUCUGAAAUACUUUUUCUUGCAGCACAAAUCGCGUGGACCAUACAAACACUCGUUUAUCUUCACAACUCGAUCGUAAUCCGGGUGCCGACGACAACAAUUUGAACUCGAUCUUCUACGAACAUUUGACUCGCUCCUUACAGCACAGCCUGUGUGGUGAUCUACUCCUGGGUCGCUGGGGGCCUGUGUCGAGUGGUGAUUGCUUUGUUCUUGCCUCAGACUAUCUCAAUGCCUUAGUUCAUAUUAUUGAAGUUGGAAAUGGCCUGGUUACAUUUCAACUUCGUGGUCUGGAGUUUAGAGGUGGGCAAUUUCAUUGUCGAAAUAUUUUGUAGUUCAUUUGUCAGAAAAUUAAUUGCUUAAGGCCAUGUCCUACAGUAGCAGCAACAAUGGUGAUACUGAUUGAUAUUUCUUAUCAGGAACUUACUGCCAACAAAGAGAAGUUGAAGCCAUAACAGAAGAUGUCGAGAGUGACAAAGGUAGGAUGUCUAGAGCAGAAAUUUUGUAGAGGACAUCUAAGUGUUCAAUAGUCCAAAAUAUGAUUUUUGGUAUGUGUAAUAUUUGUGUCGUUCGAAGAAGAUAUGUGAUGUAUCUUUAUAGUAAAAAACCUCAUCUUAAUUAACUUUCUCACUUUCAAAGUUUCCGAAUGAUGAAUUUCAGCAGCAAAAAAUCAAAGGCAAACUAAUUUGCAAUUCAUCGAAUAACAUCAUAUCCGGCAACUUCUACAGUGACCGGAAGUUCGAUACGAAAUGUAAGCGCCUACGACAAUGUAAGUGAGUUGUGUGCUUGAUUCACGCAGUACAACUCAAGUUGUAAGCAGGUUGCAUGCGACAGUUUUGAGCAGUGGUAAAUCGGCCUUGACAACGCUCUGUAAAGAAAGCCCUGGGCAAACUAAGAAACAUUGUUGUGGAAACAUUGUUUCCUGCCAAUGUUUCGCCAUGUUUCCCAGAGUGGGCAAACACUAGGAAAUAUUAUUGAGAAACAUAGGGAAACAUCAAAUGUUUCUGAAUUCGCUAGGAAACAUUUUUGCUUCUCGGGAAGCAAAUUUUGUUUCCGCAACAAUGUUUCCACGGGUGGGCCUACAGGGAAACAUUUGAGGAAACAUUGAGAAUCACAAAUGUUUCCACAACAAUGUUUCCUAGUUUGCCCAGGGCUUAACGCUUACUUUGCAUUAUAUUGAGGUUGUUGCUGUUGCGAACCUGGUCAUCUACCUGGCGUGUUGUCAGUCAAUGCAGCCUUUGGUCAACGGUGGUUAUCCUGGCAAGUAACAUCAGUGAAAUACGUUAUAGAAGGUUACAGUAUCAGCGACAACAGCGCCACGUCUAUGUUACAAGUCUAUGAUCUACGCAAGAUAUUGAUCACGUACUAUGUCAAGGUAUUUGAAGUUUAUUGUUUCACGGCAACCAGGUUUAAUAUCAGACAUGUCGCUACUCUGGUUUUACGUUGAUGAAUACAAAGCCCAGUCGAAUACACCCUUCCGGAAAGUAUGUCACUUUGGCUAUAGAGCCUCGCUUUCGUGUAUGUGACAUUAGCGUGUAAUGUCUCAACCACGAAAUUACUAAUAUUACAAAAUUACGAAAUUACUAAAUUACUCCAUAGACAAGGUGACGUUCUUUCCGGAAGCGUGUAUUCCAUUUUUUUAAAAUUUAUUUUUAUUAUUAUUAUUGAAACGUUUCACAAUAAGUAGCUGAAAGCUAAAUUGCAAUGUGAAUGAACAAUUAUAUAUACUAUCAGAAUACAAAAAGUUUAUAUUACAGGUAAAUUUAUAAUACAACUACAGCGAACUACUUUAUAUUUACAACAAUAAAAAUACAACUAAGAACUGUGCCAAUUAAAAGGGCAUAAAAGUAUAAGAUCAGUCCAUUGACAAAUUAUAUUUUUCUAUGGCAAAAACAAUUGGGCUAUUUUUAAACCUUUCCGUCCUACAUUUAAAAUUAUACAUCUUAUCACCAUUUAACCUUAUCUCUCUUCUCCCUUAUUCGGUUGACCGUAUCCUUAUCUGGGUGAUCCAAGGGGCCGACCAUUGGAAAAAUUAUUGGAGGAUUUCAGCUUGCAUAAAUUUUAAUUCCGUUCGAAGUUUGAUCCAGUGUGCUUUGUGAAACGUACGUAAAAUUACCUCGCAUUUUUUCCAGGCAAUCAUAUUCUAUGCAAUCCGUUCGACACAGCUGGUUGAUUGGCUGACUAGCGAUGAUAUCCGCACAGGUCUGGUUGAGUAUCACAAGAAGAACUUCAUUGAAAAGGAGUCGGCAUUUAAUCAAAAUAUUGAUGAGGAUUAUGACGUGCUGGCAAAAGGAGUUUCCAGAAACAGUUUCUAUAACACGUAUUCUGAUUGGAUCAUGUUCUGCGCGGGACGUAGAAAUGACGUAUGUUCACUGAAGUGAUAUAAAGUCGCUAUAGAGCUCGCGUGCAAAUACUUUUUUCCAAAUUGAUUUGUCUAUAUACAUGUAAAAGGAUUUUUUAUACAAGUUGGUUUCCCAUCACUGAGAAUAAUGCAAAAAAAUUUUGCACAUGGGCAUUUUUAAUGGUUAGACAUGUGGUGUAAAUAAUAACACCCAACAAUAACACCCAAUAAUAACACCCAAUAACACCCAACAAUAACAGAGCAUUGCAGCUUAACGGCUUAAUAAUUCUUAUUUUUCAGGAAAUUCCUUGCGACAAAGCUUCUCACUUGGUGACGUUGUGCUUUGCGUUGAGCUUGCUAGGACGGCGAGCUCUUGGGACUGCGGCUCAUCAACAAUUUUCCAGGUAAGAAGUUGUUACUCGGAAUACAAGAUUUUCUUGGCAUCUCAUGCACUCGAUUGAACAAUAAUUGAAGAUUUCCAUCCACAAACCCUGCACCUAGCCACCUACUCUGAAUACAGCCACUAUUUAUCGCUCAUUCCUAGAAAACACGUUAAGUUGUGAAGAAAAUACGAAAAUUUUUAUUGUAUACUAUCCCGUUAUUAUUUCUCCAUGUGGUAUCUGAAAUUGGUUGUUCAAAGUUAACCCUAGGUUAAAAUUUAACCUGCUGCUUGGGAUUGUGUAUUUUUGCAUGGAAGUAUAUUUCAAAACUUCAAAACUUAUAGAACUGCUGUUAAUGCGGAUACGUUUUCUGGAAAAAUAUUUCCAAGUUUAUAAACAAGUUGUUAGGAGGUUUGCUUUGAAACUUUUUGUUAAUCUAGGAUUAAGCUAACCUGCUUUUACUAUCCGGUAUUAUUCUGUAUCCGUUAUGACAGUAUCCGGCUCGUCCCCAACAGUAUGCAUCCUGACUUAGUGAAUUUAUUCUUUUAUUUCUUUAGUCUAGAGUUCUUGUAUGGUCUGCACGCCUUGUUCAAAGGCGAUUUUCGUAUCGCAGCGCAAAAAGAUGAGUGGGUCCUGUGUGAUAUGGAUCUUUUAAAGAAGGUCGUUGCACCUGGAGUGCGAAUGUCCCUCAAACUCCAUCAGGAUCACUUCACAUCCCCAGAUGAAUAUGAUGAACCCUCUAUCCUGUACGCGGCGAUUGCGUCACACGAGGAGAAUCUCGUGAUUUCCCACGAAGGAGAUCCCGCGUGGAGACAAGCUGUACUGGCUAACAGAAAUUCAUUACUUGCGCUCAGGUAAUAUAUGCAAACAUGAUUAAUACUUGGUGUAUGGCGGCGGUAUUGACACUGCGUCACAUAAUUAGUCACUUCUCAAAUAUAUUCUCUCUGUAGACAUGUCACAGAUGACGCUAUUGAUGACUAUAAGAUUAUCAUGUUGAACAAGAGAUUUUUGAGUUUUCGCGUCAUCAAGGUGGGUUAUUAUUUGUACUCUUAGUCUUUGUUUAUCACGGUAAUAUUUUUUCAAUAUAGACGAAGGUUACGGGAUCAAAGAUUAUAUAGAUUAAGGGUUACGGGAUCAAAGAUUAUAUAGAUUAAGGAUUACAGGAUCAAACAACACGCUUACAUUGUCGUAGGUGAGUUGUGUGUUUGAUUUACACAGUACAACUCAAGUUGGGCCAAAAAAAAAAUAUGUGGGUUUCCGGUUUCCCGACCCGACCUAGCUUUUGGACGUCGAAAUCCCGACCCUAAACUUUUUUAUUGGAUCAUGCUUGUAAGUGUUUCCACUUAGAGGAAAAAGUUUGUGGAAAAUUGAAAUUUGAGGCAAUAUUAGGGAAAUUUAUCUUUGGAUGUGGAAGCACUGACUAAACAAAAUGGCGUCCGCUUAUUCGGAAAAUUAAAAAAAAGUUUAAAAAAAAAGUUAAAACCGACCUACCCUACCUAAGUUUUUAUAAGAAGAAACCGGAAACCCACAUACUUUUUUUUUUGGCCUUGUAAGAAGGUUGCAUGCAACAAUUUUAGGCAAAAGUUGUGUAGUGUAAAUCGGUCUAUAGCAAGAAAGCUCUGACUGCAUGCAGCAAAGCAAUAUGGCAUUGCUUCCAGUUUGAAACUAUAGAGCAUAAACGAACACAAUGCUUUCGUUCUCAAGAAGUAAAAAAGUUAGAAUUUAUAAUUUCAAUGCUUUCGAGAAAAGGUCCUUUGUCUUGAAGUUAGUAGCCAUAUACUCUAAAAACACUCGGGUUAAAAUUUUCUUGUUAACCUAGAAAUAGCACUAUUUGGGUUAAUCAAAUUUACUAGAUAUUUUGUAGUAGUUGUAUUGUAUAGUAAACUAGAAGAUGCACGAUUCUGAUUGAUUUUCACUAACUAUAGCUAGCUUUAACUACUUUUAUAUACAACCCUGCCGCUUGUUUUCGUGAUUUCUGCACUAUUAUAAAAAGAUAUCCAUUUUACUGCGGCAAUUAUCAUAGCGACCCUGUUGUGAUCGAUUAUAAUUUAACGCCAAUAUUUAUUUUUUUCUCAUCAAGGUGAAUCGGGAAUGUGUGCGUGGCUUUUGGUCGAGUCAAUUACAGGAAUUGAUAUUUCUGAGAAAUCGGAAUCCAGAGCGAGGAUCAAUUCAGAACGCCAAGCAGGUCUUGCGUAACAUAAUUAAUUCCUCGUGCGACCAGCCGAUUGGCUACCCUAUUUAUGUGUCACCGCUGACCACUUCGUACGCAGACACUAACGAGCAACUGCACUCGUUCAGCUACGGUGCACUGCAGGUAACACGACUCACGACCGCGUUGAAAAAGGCCUGGAAUCAUCUCAGGUUACGCUGUGGUACACUUUGCCGCGGAAGUUCGGAACCUAUUGAUGAAAUUAUACAGGGAGCUGUGCCGAGUGUGCGCGAACCUGGGAGUCUGGGACCGACGCGCGGGAGAAUAGACUCUAGCUUGAGCUCUCCUAGGACAGGCACGCGGCAUUUAAGUACAUCGACGAAUAGAUCUUUGAGCGGAAGUGCGCCGCAGACUGGAAUUAAACUUUCAAGCUCAUUAUCUGUAAAUGCGCCAAGUAGCACGCAACCAUCACCGACAGGCGGCCCACCAGAGCCCACGGGCAGUCAACAAAGGACUCGUCAUAAACGAUAGUUGAGGGCUUUGAGUGUUCUUUGUUUUCUAGUAGAUAGGUAGGGUAAAACCGUUGUAAAAUAUGACGUAAUCGUCUAAAAUGGUUUUCAAAAUCAAACUUCAGAUUUUGAAUCGAGAUCAGUUUCACUGGCCAGAUCUCAACAAAAAGACAAAAUGUACAAAAUUAGUAAGAAAUUGAUAUUUUGAAAUUCUAACUAAAGAAAGUCUAGUAUGCCAGAAGCUCGAUUGUCGUAAAUUACACAUUGAUGAAUCACACAUUCAAAAUCGGCGAAAAUAACUAAAAAUAGGUACAAAUGUACAAAAAAGAAAUUGAUAUUUGGAAAUGUCAACUGAAUUGGUCUACCAGGGGUUUUAGUAUCCUAAAUAACUAUUCAAACGAGUAUUCAAUUAGGAGAUAGCUUAUCCACAAAAUGUUAUUUUUGCAUCCUAAAGGCUGAUUUACACUAAAACUGUCGCAUGCAACCUGCUUACAACUUGAGUUGUACUGUGUAAAUUAAGGCACGCAACUCGUCUACGACAAUGUAAGUGGGCUCAUAUGAACAGACCUAAACCACCACCCCCUACCUAAAUUUCAGAGUAGAAAUGUUCCGUACUGGUUAAAAACCCCUAAUCUUAGAUUUUGUAUACUCAAAACCCCUGGCCGAUUACAUAAAAACAACUGUAUUAUAGAAUGGAAAUAUGAUCGUUGAAGUGCUGAUGGUGUUGUAAAUGUUGACAUUGUUUUUCUGAGUGUGAUGAAUACAG